AUGUCUCCUUCCGCCCUCCAUAUGCUGGCCUUUAGCCUACGAAAUCCAUACAGCCUCAGUUUUGACCGGGAUGGCCCUUUUCCCGUUUUAUAUCGCCUUUUACGUACCAAAUGUACACCAACCGAAGAGAUUGACGUUACCGGGUUUGAAAACAAGACCAUUUUAAUCACAGGGGUGACUAGUGGCUGUGGUCUUCGAUGCGCCAAAGCUUUUGCCCGUGUGGCUUGCCACCUCAUCGUGACUGCUCGAAAUCGCGAGAAAGGAGAAGAUGCCGUCAGGCAGAUUAUUGAUAGCUUAGAACCCUCACCCUGCGCAGCAAAAGUUGACCUCUUGGAGUUGGAAAUGGCAUCUGAGCGUUCAAUAUCUGCAUUCAAGUACAAGCUUAGCAAGUACGCUAGUCUCGAUGUAGCCAUCUUGAAUGCGGGUGUCUAUCAGCCCGAGUUCACUAUCUGCCCUGAAACAGGACAGGAGGAGACAAUUCAGGUAAACUUCCUGAGCAACUGUGCUAUAGCUCUCUUAGCAAUUCCUUCUUUGCUACGGUCCCAUGACCAGGGUCGUCUUCUCCUCAUAUCCUCUGAAGCAUACGCAUGGGCCAACCCAAAACAGCACACGUUUUCAAUGCUUUUAAAACAGUUAGGAGAUCCAGACGCAUACACUUCCUAUGAGCGGUACCAUAUCAGUAAGUUGCUUGUCGUCCUAUGGGUCCAGCAACUGGCCACUAGGUUGGAUCAGAAUGAACUUCUAGUCGCUUGCGCAUCCCCGGGAUUUUCCCGCAGCUCAUUGUUUAGAUCCUUCAAUUCAAGCAAAAUCGCCCAGUUUCUGGAGGAUAUGGUUUGUCGGUCGCCAGACGAAGGGGCAUCCCAGUAUAUAAUGGCAGCUAAAGGAUUAGACGAUCACACUAAUGGGGCAUUCUUUUCCGAUGGUCGCUUUCGGGAACUGGCAACUGCAGCUAUAUCUGAAGCAGCAACGGGCCUCUGUGACUCUGUGUGGGACGGAGUCUUAGGCAUACUUCCUGUGUGUGUCCAAGCUGUGGCCCAGGAUCUUUUGAUACCAUUCUCAACCCAAUGA